UGCAUCAGUGACCCGGAGCGGAGGGAGGAAGUAAAGUGCUUUAUUAUUGUGUUUGUGCAGUGUCACGUGGUUAACGCGUCCUCCUCCGGACUGGUUCAAACCGACAGAAAGCAGCUGAGGUUCGGCUCUGGACCGGCACGGAGAAAUAAAACCUCGGACCUGCACAGUGAGAUUUGAACACACACUCAGCUGCACACAUUUAACCCCGGUAUGUCCACGAUCUGUGUGCUGAGGGCUAGCUGCUUACUCCGGCAGGUCUUCCCCGGCCUGCGCGCCGCUAUGCAGAGGCGCUACAGCCUAGAUGUCACCGGUCCGCUGCUCCGGACGCAGGGUUACGUGGACGGCCGUUGGGUCUCCGCAGCCUCGGUGUUUCCCGUCCUGGACCCCGCCACCGGGCAGGAGAUCGCCCGGGUGGCGGACUGUGGCCCGGCCGAGGCAAAGCAGGCUGUGGACGCUGCGUACAAGGCGUUUCACUCCUGGAAGCAGUACACGGCUAAGGAGAGGAGCGUCCUGUUGAGGAAAUGGUUCGACCUGCUGACGCUGCACAAAGAAGACCUGGCUAAACUGAUCACAUUCGAAUGUGGGAAGCCGCUGCGGGAGUCUCUCGGGGAGAUCGCGUACUCGGCCUCCUUCCUGGAGUGGUUUUCAGAGGAGGCGCGGCGAGUUUAUGGCGACAUCGUCCCCUCACCCGCCAAGGACAGAAAGAUCUUCCUCCUCAAACAGCCAGUGGGGGUCGCCUCCAUCAUCACACCGUGGAACUUCCCCAGCGCCAUGAUCACCAGGAAGGUGGGGGCCGCUCUGGCGGCCGGCUGCACGGUGGUGAUCAAACCGGCGGAGGACACCCCGCUGUCGGCGCUGGCUCUGGCUGAGCUGGCAGAACAGGCGGGGAUCCCGGCAGGGGUGUUUAACGUGGUCCCUUGCUCCAGAGAGAAGACUCCGUCGGUCGGGGAGGUCCUCUGCACCGACCCCCUGGUAGCAAAAAUCUCCUUCACUGGCUCCACCGCCACCGGCAAGGUGUUGCUGAAAAUGGCCGCCGACACUGUGAAGAAGGCGUCCAUGGAGCUCGGUGGCCACGCCCCCUUCAUCGUGUUUGACAGUGCUGAUGUCGACAAGGCGGUGGGCGGAGCCAUGGCCUCCAAGUUCAGGAACUCUGGACAGACUUGUGUGUGUUCGAACCGGUUUCUGGUUCAGGGCGGGAUCUACGAUCGCUUCAUGGAGAGACUCGGCCGAGCGAUGGACGCUGAGCUCCGUGUAGGUCACGGCUCGGAUCCCGAGACCACCCAGGGGCCGCUCAUCAACACCAGAGCUGCAGAGAAGGUGGUCCAACAGAUUUCAGAUGCAGUGUCCCGGGGAGCGAAGGUGUUGAAGGGCGGGAAGCGUCUGGAUGGGUCCUUUAUGGAGCCGACUCUGCUGGCCGACGUCACCAAGGAGAUGCUGUGCACCAAAGAGGAAACCUUUGGCCCGCUGCUGCCCGUCAUCAGGUUUAACACAGAAGAUGAGGCUCUGGCCAUCGCCAACGCCUCCAACGUUGGACUGGCAGGUUAUUUCUACUCGCAGGAUGUGAGUCAGAUCUGGCGGGUGGCGGAGGCGUUGGAGACGGGAAUAGUUGGAGUGAACGAGGGCCUGCUGUCCACCCCAGAGGCCACCUUUGGUGGGGUCAAACAGUCCGGGUUGGGCCGCGAGGGCUCCAAGUACGGCAUCGAUGAGUAUCUGGACGUCAAGUACAUGUGCUUUGGAGGCCUCAAGCCCUAAACCGGGACGGAGCAAUGCCCCCAUCCAGUGGUAACACACCACACUGUAAAUGUACUGAAGUGGUUACAACUGUAGAUGCAGCUACUGACUGAUUUUAAUGUUAACACACUUGACAAGAAUAAAAAUAAAUAAGAUGUUGGACAUCUAAAGUAUAAGAGGGCUUUUAAUGAUGAUAAUUACAAAUUAAACCUACAAUUUUAGUCUAGAAAACUGGUCAAAUAACCUUCUACAAAUGAACGUUUCACCGUCCCAUCUGACAUUCGUACUCAUGUCAGAUUUGUUUAGUUCAUAAGCACAAUAAUAAAAAUAACCAUCAUCCAGAGCCUGUGGAUGAUUCUCUGAGACCAUUCAGAGUGAAACAGGGUCGUCGUAUUUUCUCAUGUUGCCUUUUCCUAAGAAGCUGUUCAUGUGUAGAAUAAGUAUAAUAAUAAUUUUCUCACCUGUGCUGGACAGCAUCAGUUAGUCUAUAAUCAUUAUAUUUUGAUUAUUUCUGAUUGGCUAGAUGACAGUCACUAUCCACCAAUCAAAACAAAAGGGUUUUGUGUUCAUUGUUCACUGUUAAAGCGUAAACUCUUACAAACUUUGUCCACCUCUGAACAAAUGUUAUUUUACCACUCUAACCAGUAGGAGGAGCUGUAGCCUCCUGUCUUUGAUGAGCCCCUCCCAGCUUGGUUACUGUUGCUAUGCCUGUUGAUCUUUGUGUUUUAGAACUGCUCCUGUGCUGGUUACCAUGGUGAUGAAAGCAGAGUUACAAUCGAAAAUCAGAAAUACUUUAAACAGCGAGUCUUCUACACAAAAAACAGACUGAAUUUUGCUAAGAUGACAACUGUUGCUAGCAGAUUUUAGCAGCUAUAGCUAGCUAAUUUGAUGUAAGUUAGUAAGUUGAAAGGAAGCUUUGUCUCUGUCUCUCUGACUUUUUAAUGUUUAAUGAGCAAAAAGGUGUGAAAUUUGCAUUUUAUAUGGCUACAUAUCUACAUAUAUUUAGUCCCACUAAUGACUCAGACUGAGGCUAAAGCUAACGGGUUUAAUGUAAAAUGUCAGCCUCUUAAUCAGCUGAAAAUACAUGUAGCAAUGUUGCCUUUGUUUUGCUGUUAGAGCUAACUAUCCCUGGUACAUUAUUCUAAGAAAAAAUGUCUUGUCAUGUUCUUCUCUAAUUAUUCAGAUGUUUCCUAUUUAAAUGCAUAAUUUACUUGGAUAAGAAAAACAAAGGUUAGAUUUAUGCUUUAUUGUUCAUUUUCAAGCAAAAUUCUUUACUUUACAAGACAAGAUUCAAGAAUGGGGACAAAGUUGUCCCUGAUAAACUUCUCUAAAUUCAAUAAAGACCAGGACAGAGCUGCUAACUUUAACCCAAACUCUGAUACAGUGCAUCCAGGACCAGGUCCCAAGCAGUUUCUAAUGGAACCCAUAACUCCACAGAAUAUAUGUAGGAACAUUGUGUUACCGCUGUAAGGUAAUAAAUUAGUUAGUCAGGCAUGCUAACAUUAGCAGCUUACAUUAGUGCAGACAAACACACCGUUAAAGCCAUUCUCUGUGCUAUUGCUCUUUUAUCUUUGGUUAUCAGAAGGACGACUAAAAACAACUUUUAAACUCCAAAGCUUGACACUCCUGCUGCGCUAAGUUACAGUUGCUAAGAUAUGAUUGGACAGUAACCGUUUGGGGAAGCGUUUAGCAAAUUGUCAGUUUAGAAUGUUGGAACGUUACAAAAAAUAAUGAACUUCCAGCCAAUCAGCAUCUAGUAUUCUGUCACCAUGGUAAAGAAACAUCUAAUCAACCUAUUACUACUUUUUUUUUAAUUUCACACAAGUGAACUUUUUGUAGUAGCACAUAAAUUUUGUUUAAAUCAGAAAAGAAGCUGCACACUUGACUGUGGUAGAAAAGGCAAAUUUACUGUGAUACAACAAAUUCAAUAACUUAUGCUAGAUUUUUGUAAAUUCAUCGUGUUUAUAUUGAACAUCCUGACACCCUGUUGUACGCCUGUUUAUUGUAAAAACUAUCAUUUAAAAUGGUGGAAUAUGCUUACAUAAUUGAAAACAUUGAAACAUGUUCAAAGUGGUUCUAAAAACAUCAUAAUUAGGCCAUUUUAAUUAUCCAAGACGUGCCAAAUACAAGACUAACCAGUGUUAUUAGUUGUGUAUGGACAUUCUUAGGAGUCUUUACAUACAUUUAAAUCUGUUAGAGAUCACUAUUGCUAAAGAGUUUUCAUAAAUAAAUAUAAAUAUUGAAUACAUGCCCUAAUGUGAGUGUUUGGAGAAACAUGUUUGAACAUGUCAAAAGUUAAAAGAUGUCAUUAAUUGUAAUAUAGUGGUUUAAUAAAUACCUUGUUACUGUGUCAGUUGAUGUUAAUUUUAAUCCUGGGCGUGUUUUGUCUAAACCUCCAUUCCCUGACAAGUGCCAUGUAACUGAUUUUUAUUUUAUUUCAUUACGAACCAUUAAUCUUGUACUUGAGUGAUCCUAGAAAAAGAUCAGUUGUGACAUGAUACACUGUCCACUGUUGUUCAGCAUUAAUUGUUCUGUUAUUUGGGUUUGUACAGCAGAUUGUGUUUCUAAUAUAAAAUGUAAUUUGUUUUAAUUGUAAUAUAGUUUGUUGCAGUUAAAGUUAAUGUAAAAAAAAAAUCUAGAUUUUUGUAUUUCUGACUAUAUAUAUUAAUGGGAAAAUUUAAGAAUUGCAAUAUUACAUGCCGUCCAAGUGACUUUUGUAUGGCAGGAAACUAGAGUUGAUCUGAACUGGUACCAAUAAAAAUUAUGGGCGUUA